AUGGCCGCCAGAACCCCCGCCAACCCGGCACCGGCGACCACGGAACUUGUCGCCGCCCUCACCACCGCCCUUAGGGCUGCCUUUCCUGAGGCGCCCCCAACCCGACGUGCUCGUCUGUCCGAGGCUGCCCAGCCCGUCCCCAUCCCGACCUCCGACGAUGAUGACGAGGAAGAAGACCUCCUCUUCAGAGGUUACCCAGCGAGCCAAGACCCCGCAGGGCGCUACCCCGCCAGGGUCCCAGAUGACUUCGACCACAGCAGCGACAGUGGUGAAACCACUCCCAGGAGGGAUCACCAGUAUCCCCACCAGAUCCGGCCCGCUCGUGCCCCGACUGGUAGUCGCGGCCAGCGACUUUUCACGACCCAAGACCCCCCCCCCCCCCCCCCCACCCACUGAGACUUCCGCAACGCUCUCCUCUACGUCGAUCGUGCCAGCCGGCAAUCCAGGUUCUUCGGAACCAGGGACGUCGUUGAGCUCCAAACCUUGGAGCUCUUUCUACAAGUCUGGGACUCCGUCCCCCCCCCCCCCCUCCGACCUUCUGCGAAGCUCAAGGUGUUUGAAAGGGUUAGGCUCCUCUACCAUGUCGCCCUUACCGGGUGGCAGACGGCCCUCCAGGGCUACGCCGACCCGAGCGCAUCCUACCUUUUGGGAGCGCCGCUCCCCGCACCACAGCCCGCCCCUCCUCCAUCCGAUCGGCCCUCUCGAGCGACCAACCGUGGCCGAGGAACCGCCAACCGUGGCACCCGUGGUCGACCUGCAGCGCCUCGUCCCCGUGACACCGUCGACCUAGCCGAGUGA